ACCACCAAAGCCGAGCUAUCGGAGCCGGUUCCAAAAGGUCGAUUCAAGAUGUGAGCAGCAACAACAAACAUUGGAACAACCGUGCACAUAUAGUUGUCGCAAUGUCUCGAUACCUCACCCGCAGGCUAGCGCAAACGACUGCGAGUCUUAGGCUCUCCAGUGGCCGAAGAUGCUACUCGGCCAAGGCAUCCUUCGAUUGGAAAGACCCCCUCAACUCCAAGAGUCUCCUCACAGAGGAGGAGGUUGCCAUUUCCGAGACUGCAGAGCGAUACUGUCAAGAGAAGCUAGCGCCGCGCGUUCUCGAGGCCUACCGGAAUGAAAGCUACGACAGGGCGAUACUCUCUGAGAUGGGCGAGCUCGGCUUGCUCGGCGCGACUAUCUCCGGUCACGGCUGUGCUGGCGUCUCGACCGUCGCUGGGGCAUUGAUCACGCGAGCAGUUGAGCGUGUCGACAGCGGAUACCGAAGUGGGAUGAGUGUGCAAUCGAGCUUGGUUAUGGGAGGUAUCGACUACUGGGGUAGCACCGAACAGAAAGAACGAUUUCUUCCUCAGAUGGCUGCAGGCAAGCUGCUCGGCGCGUUUGGCUUGACAGAGCCCAAUCACGGCAGCGACCCGGCAUCGAUGGAGACGGUUGCACGCCCGCAUCCUACCAAGAAGGGAUUCUACAGCCUGAGUGGCAGCAAGACGUGGAUCACAAACAGCCCCAUCGCGGAUAUACUUCUCGUCUGGGCCAAGCUGGCAGAUGGUGAAGGGCCUUCCAAAAUUCGCGGCUUCCUGGUUGAGCGCAAGAACUGCCCUCCAGGAACGUUGGAGACCCCGGCCAUCAAGAACAAGACCGGCCUGCGCGCCAGCCUGACAGGGAUGAUACAUCUUGAUAACUGCCCUAUCCCCGAAGAAAACAUGUUCCCGACGGUGACUGGACUCAAGGGGCCAUUCACAUGUCUUAACUCGGCUCGCUUCGGCAUCGCCAUGGGUGUCAUGGGAGCACUGGAGGAUUGUAUUGCGGCAACACGGGAAUACGCCCUUGAACGGAGCCAGUUCGGUAGACCCCUGGCUUCCUUUCAGUUGGUACAAAAGAAGCUUGCAGACGCGGCAACAGAUGCAGCAUACGGCUCAUUGGCCGCGAUACAAGUCGGGCGAUUGAUAGAUGAGGGCAAGUCGGUGCCUGAUAUGAUCAGCAUGGUGAAGCGGGAGAACUGCGACCGGGCGUUGAGAAACGCGAGGACGCUACAAGAAGUUCUCGGAGGAAAUGCUGUUAGCGAUGAGUACAGGAUAGGAAGGCACGUGGCCAACCUUUUCGUCACGCAGACUUAUGAAGGCCAGAGCGAUAUUCACAGCCUGAUACUCGGCCGUGCGGUGACAGGCAUCCAAGCGUUUGUAUAACCAAGAACCUCACUGAGACGGUGUCCCAAAAUAUACAUGCAUACUUGCAUACAUAUAAAGUUUAUUGCGUUGGGUGGUAAUUGGUGACGGAUCGCUUGCCAGCUUUGUUUUCCACCGAGAUGUGGGUUCUGAAUCCCCGUUGAGAGUAAAGCCACAUGCGCAGCCAUACUGUCGUAAGUUCGCCUCCUCGUUGCGUUGUAAGCACAUAAAAACAACAAAUUGAUUACAAUACCAUGACGACUCCAGAAUUUUAUUAUGUCGGUGAUUGCCGAGCUCUUCACCUUACUAAGAAGGGUAAAUGUUUGCCCAAUGUCGGGAUAAUGAUGACAAAGGUUUACUACGAGUGUAGAGAUGUGUUUCGCCCAGUCGAGGCAACGGGUGGCGCAGCCUCCACAGCUUGGUUGAACGCCAGUCCAGUCGUGGCUGGAUGGCGACACCGUCGGCUCAGUUGGACAUAUGCUUAGCGACGAUAAACUGCAGACAGCAGGUGCAAUUAAUAGAAACCAGUUAUUAAGAUUUCGGGUAGUUUUCUGACAGAAAAUAUACGAUUUAACACCAGA